GGGGGGGGGCCCCUUUUGGCCCUGGCUUUUUUUUCCCCCCAGGUUCCAACCCAGGGGGGCCCGGGCCCCCCCCUGCCCCCGGCCCCCCGGAGGGGCCCCCCCCCCGGUUCCCCCCCCCCCAUGGACGCCUUUCAAAGGGGGCAAAGAGCCCGGGAGCGGCCUCCCGGAGAGGGCUCCGGCCCCGCAGCACCCGCGGCACGACCAUGGGGCCCCGCUUUCCACUUAGCCCGCGCAGCGAACCCCCGGGAGCCGCUCGAGAACUCCGCCAGCGAGUCGUCCGACACGGAGCUGCCAGAGAAGGAGCGCAGCGGGGAGCCCAAGGGGCCUGAGGACGGCGGUGCUGGCGGCGCGGGCUGCGGAGGCGCGGAGGACCCCGCCAAGAAAAAGAAGCAGCGGCGGCAACGCACGCACUUCACAAGCCAGCAGCUGCAAGAGCUGGAGGCCACGUUCCAGAGGAACCGCUACCCCGACAUGAGCAUGCGGGAGGAGAUCGCCGUGUGGACCAACCUCACGGAGCCGCGCGUGAGGGUCUGGUUCAAGAAUCGGCGAGCCAAGUGGCGGAAGCGGGAGCGUAACCAGCAGCUGGACCUGUGCAAGGGCGGCUACGUGCCGCAGUUCAGCGGCUUGGUGCAGCCCUACGAGGACGUGUAUGCUGCCGGCUACUCCUACAACAACUGGGCGGCCAAGAGCCUGGCGCCAGCGCCGCUCUCCACCAAGAGCUUCACCUUCUUCAACUCCAUGAGCCCGCUGUCAUCGCAGUCCAUGUUCUCGGCGCCCAGCUCCAUCUCCUCCAUGACCAUGCCGUCGAGCAUGGGCCCGGGCGCCGUGCCCGGCAUGCCCAACUCGGGUCUCAACAACAUCAACAACCUCACCGGCUCCUCGCUUAACUCGGCCAUGUCCCCGGGCGCCUGCCCUUACGGCACACCCGCCUCGCCCUACAGCGUCUACCGGGACACGUGCAACUCGAGCCUAGCCAGCCUGCGGCUCAAGUCCAAGCAGCACUCGUCGUUCGGCUACGGUGGCCUGCAGGGCCCGGCCUCCGGCCUCAACGCCUGCCAGUACAACAGCUGACCGCCCGGCCGGCCACGAGGGCCGCACGGUGCGGGGGCGGAGGACGCACGCGGGGCCUCGCUCUGUGCGCCCGCCGCGCGCCCGCGCAGCCCCUCCUCCCCCGCCCCCCUCCGGGUUGGUUUUGUGUUUGCUUUUCCGGACCCCACUCUGCCCUCCAAAACCAGACAAAACAAAAAGACGUCGGAGCGAAGUGCCGCGAAAAAACGGAUGAGUUGCAAUUUCCUCGGGAUGCGCGGGUGCGUGUGUGCGCUU